CCACGGACACUAAACCGUGACGACUUCUCCUCCUCCUCUUGUCCUCCCUCCCCUCCAUCGCCGUCGCCUCUGUUCCUUUUCGACUCUGGCCGACGUGCUUUGUUUCUAUUGUUCUUUUAUUUAUUUAUCUUUUUUUUUUUUAUUCUCAAUCACCAGUCUGUGGUUCGAGAUUCCACCCCAUCUCAUUUUCUCCUUCUCCCCCUCAUUUCACAACUUUCUUCCAAGCUUCUUUAUUUACCUCUUUUCUCCCUGUCUUAUUGUGGUCCCGUGACCCCAUUUCUUUUCUUACAAUCUUCUAUCCAUCUCCUCAGACAUUUCCCCCCGCUUCUUUCUUUCCCCCGACAAGGUCGUUCUCUGGUCACGCAGGCGGUGUGUGUUUGUGUGUGCUGUGGCUUCGUGCCUACUUCCCGUCUAUCUCUCUACGGCUUUACGUCGUGCGAAGUUCUACGGCGUGAGCUUCAUUCGACUUUGACCACCGUGCCAAAUGGCUUCUGUCAACUCCCUGCCGGCUGCCAAUAAUGCAUCCGGCAAUGCCGUCAAUGCGUCGUCACAGAACUCGGGUUCUAGGCCCUCAUUAAGGUCCAGCGCUAACUCCAAGGCGGAUGGAGGUCGCCGUCAGGCAGGCAGUCCGCUUGAUGGAGGUCAGAGGCGCAGCAAUUCCCAGAAGGCCUGGACCCAAGGCACGAACCCGAUCACUCAGAGGUCAUCGUAUUCGCAACAGAACGGAAAUACGGCUCAGAAACAGAAUGUUGCCCCUAAGCCAACAUCGAAAGAGUCGAACACACCUGAUAAUCAUGCCCAUGACCGUCUUGUUUUCUUGGUUACCAGCUUUAUUGGAUUGACUGCUACCAUUACUACGAAAAACGGCGAGAAGUACACCGGAAUAUUCUCUUCAUCCUCCCUUGAGCCUAGCGAAUCAUCCUUUGUCCUGAAGAUGGUACAGCGCCCAACGAAGCAAGAGCAAAACCGGGCGAAUGGCGUAAGCGAUGCUACAAGUCCAUUUCUAGGAUCUGCACCAGAUCACAGUAUGUCGUUUGAUGUGAAGGAUGUGGUGGAAAUAUCCGUCCCCAACGUCUCCACAUCCGAUGUUACAGCGAAAGGAGCGAAUGGUGCCUCUACUGGCUUCCGAACCGAUGUCGACAUUUCUGGUAACCUGGCGAUGCGCGAGCGAACCUUGAAGCGCUGGGAGCCAUCGGCAGAGACUGAGGUGGAUUUGUCCCUAGAAACUACGAACACUUCCGCCAGCUGGGAUCAGUUCGAGGCCAAUGCACGGUUGUUUGGAGCCACUAGUAGCUAUGACGAGAAUAUCUACACUACGCGGAUCGACCGCUCCGACCCGACUUACAAGCAGAAGGAAGCAGAAGCCGCUCGUAUUGCACGUGAAAUCGAGAACACCGACGUUGACAAUGCGCAUAUGAGGGAAGAACGAGGGUUAACAGUGGCAGGAGAUGGUGGUGACGAGGAAGACAAAUACAGUGGUGUCCGACGUGACGAGAGAAACUUCCCACCCCUUGUGUCUGGACAGCCAAAUAAGUACACGCCGCCAGCUCGUCGACAAGCUGCCGCUCAAGCUGCUGCAACCCCAAGUUCCUCCACUAGCACUGUGAAACAGGCACCCAAGGAUACAACGCCUUCUACGGCACCACCACCACCUAAAGAUAGUACUGCAUCGCAACCAGCACCUUCGAAUACAGCUGCCAGCGCCGCUCCUGACGCGGACAAGUCUGCCCCGGCGAAGCCUCCAUCAGCUACCAGCGCUGUACCGAAACGGACUGGUACGGAGAAUGCUACGGCCAACGUGGAAGCGGAAGUGCUAGAUCACUUCCGUCAGUUCGCCAACAGCGAGAAACAGAAAAUGCAGGAACGCCGCCGUAACCAGGCGUCCUAUGAUCGCACGAUUAAACUCAAUGAGCUGAUGAGAUUCUCGAAGAACUUUAAGCUGGCUACGCCAGUCCCCAAGGAUCUGGUACCUAUCCUCGCCAAGGACCCCCAUAAGCAGGAAGAAAUUAUCCAGAGGGCCCAGCAGCAAGCUGAGGAGAAAACAUCAACCAAGACCUCUCCGACGCUUUCUGAGCAAAAACAAACGCCGCGUGCCCCUGUUUCGGCUCGCCAUGACAGCGGAACAGCACCAUCAGCGACACCAUCCGAUCGCUCGGCCCACCCUCGUGGUCGCCAAGUGUAUCCUCCUACCGGUCCGCAAGCAGGCCCUGGUGCGCGACCCCAGCACCAGGCAAUGAACGCGGCUCGUCAAACCACGGGGAUGCUUGGACAUCGCCUGGCCGACAACCUUCAGCAGCGGAAAGGUGCUGCGAUGGGGGCUGUUCCGGCGCCUUUGCCCAUCCAAGACGCUCGCUUACCCCCAACUGGACCCGCUGGUGACCAGUCCGGCGUAACCAGCCCAAGCAAAGCGCAAACGCCAACAUCUUCUGCAUCCACAAAGUUCAAUGUGAGAGCCCUAGAGUUCAAGCCCAAUCCAGCUGCAAGCACUUUCACCCCAGGUGCGUCGUCCAGCUCGUCACCCUUUGUUGGAGGUCGUUCUGUUUCUCGUGCCACUAGCCCGUCUGCAUUCUUCGGUGCUAAGAAGCCGCGGCCCGUUACCGAGCGCCCAUCUCUCAAGGACCAAUUCAACCCCAUUAAAAGAAUGAAGAAGGAGAGCGCGGAGCAGACCGAGAAAGAUUAUACUUUCAACGGAGGAAUUCCACCCGCAUAUAAAACACUCCCCACCUGGGAUGCGGGUACUGGCAAUCAAGACAAGACGUAUCAGCAUAUGUUCAAGCCUCCUGUUGCUGUUCCGGCCAUCUCUCCCCAGAACCGCUCAGCAUCUAAUCCCCAGGCUCCUCAUCAACCCCACAUGCCCUUCCAAUUCCCCCAGACAACACCAGGUAUGCCUCCUGUAUCUGGACCCCCACAUGGGCCUCAUCUGCAUCCCCAGCACCACGCAUCCGGUCCACCCCACUUUGACGACCCUCAUCGGAUGCAAAUGUCAGCCUCAACUUCUCAGGUCUUCCCGUCUCCUAGACUUCAACAUGGAUAUCCUUCUCCUAUGGCCCCGCAUGCACAGCUAGCAUUUGGACAGCCCAUGCCACAAUUCUACGUCAACCAAGGCGGCCCCCAACCUGGUCAUAUGAGACCCUACCCAGGUGCCCCUCAGUUUAUGAACCCGCAGGCCAACAUGGGCGCCCCGAUGAUGGUCCAGCAACCUUCCAGCGGCCCUUACAUGGGUGUCCCUCAGGGCAUGGCCCCUUACACGACUCAGAUGCAGAUGUAUUCUCCGAACCCGGGUCACGCCUACCCGCAGCAUGCGCCGCCUCAGCCGCACAGCGGUUUUCCAAGCCCCAGCCGCGGUGCCCCGAUGAUGAUGCACCAAAACUCUCAACAGGGCCAGCCCCCACAGCCUGUCAUGUUCAUGUCACCAGGGCAGCAUGGACAGCCCGUCUAUGCAGCUCAGCAGCCAGGUCACAUGCCUCCCGUUCGGGGUAACUAUCCACAACAGCAGCCGCCCUUCCAGUCUAGCCCGCAUCAGGUGCAUCACUAUCCGCCUCACCAGCAUCGUACCCCAAGUAGCGGCUAUAACCAGAUGCCUCAAAUGCCACCCCAGGUACCUGCUCAAGCACCGCCGGCUGCAGCGCCGGGUCCUCAGCCAGCAGACGCCGCAGAUGAGGUGAAAUGAAUCUGCACCAUGGAUAGUGGGCGAGACGCUAUUGCCUCCUUAGCUGAACAACCUAAGGAUAUAGCCAUUGCACCUCGUGGAUAGGCAUACCAGCUACGCUUGAGCGUGCGCAUAGCAUCCGUUCGACGUUGACAAUUUCACUAUCUCGCAAUACCCAAGCCCUCAAUAUGUUUCUGAAAGAUCUCUAUCUUGGAUUUCUGCUCUCACUCUACCAUUUUUGCAUCCAGAGCGUGCAAUAUCUCUGGUGAGCAGGUACUGUCAUUUGUACUGGCCAUUACGUGUCGUGUAUCAGCUACUUUCAGCGGGUAAGGUAUAUGAUAGGCUUGAGGAUGUAUAUGCUGAAAAAUGAGACGAUCUACCUGUCGACGUUUGCAGGUCUUCAUGGACUUGCGACAAUGUCUACCUCGCCACCACCUAUACUAUACGCAUCUGGGGAUAAUCUCCGGAACAUCCACGAGAUGAGCUCGGCCAAUGUGACACCCCAUGCCCGUGCGAAACAUCGCUGGAAUCGGUAUAUGCCAACCAUGUUUGGGAAAUCUUUUUGCUUGUCUUAGUUAUCUUGCUUUUUUUU